GGAGCGCCCGAGUUAACCAUUAAUGGGUGGUGCCACUAUAAAGGGACCUCCUGGACCCACCGUCCUCAUCCCCCACCUCUCCAGCCAUGGGGGCCCCGGUGCUGCCCCUUCUCCUCGGCCUUCUCCUGCUGCAAGUGGACCUCACCCGUGGCCAAAUGGUGACGAUGGUGACACCAGCGGUGCUGAGACUGGAGAUGGAGGAGGUGGUGGUGGUGGAGGCGCCGGGGUUGACCUCCCCCGCUGAGGCCCACAUCACGGUGCAGGACUUUCCCCUCAAGCGCCAAAUGCUCUACCAGACCCGUGUGCCACUGAGCCCCGCCGAGGGCAUGUUGGCCAACACCACCGUCAAGGUGUCGGCCAAGGCUCUGCAACAGGCAACCGGGAAGCAGUUUGUCUCGGUGACGGCGCAGGUGGCCGGGGUGACCCUGGACAAGGUGCUGCUGGUGUCAAUCCAGACCGGCCACAUCUUCUUGCAGACCGACAAGCCCAUCUACACCCCUGGCUCUAACGUGCUCUGCCGCCUCUUCGCCGUGGGCCACCUCAUGGAGCCAACAUUCAAGACGGUGAUCGUGGAAAUCAAGACACCCGAUAAUGUCAUCAUCAAGCAAAUACCCGUGUCCUCCCCAAAGAAGACCGGCAUCUUCUCCCUCAAUCACCACCUGCCUGAGGUUGUCAGCCUGGGGACAUGGACAAUAAUGGCCAAAUUUGAAGACUCACAAGACCGGGUCUUCAGCACCCAAUUUGAAGUCAAGGAGUACGUGCUGCCAAGCUUUGAGGUGGUCCUGGAGCCGGAGGAGAAGUUCCUCUACAUUGACCGGAAAGAGGAUUUCCGGGUGUCCAUCACAGCCAGGUACCUCUAUGGGAAGCAGCUGCAAGGCUCGGCCUUCAUCCUCUUUGGCAUCAUGGUGGACGAUGAGAAGAAGAGCAUCCCCGAGUCCCUGCAGCGCGUCAAGGUGAACGAUGGGGAUGGAGAAGCUGUGCUGUCCAUGGCCACCUUGCGGCAGCGAUUCCCCAACCUCCAGGAGCUGGUGGGACAUUCGCUCUACGUCUCCGUCACCGUCAUCACCGAGUCAGGCAGUGACAUGGUGGAGGCCCAGCGCAGUGGCAUCCGCAUCGUGACGUCCCCGUACACCGUCCACUUCACCCGCACCCCCAAGUACUUCAAGCCGGGGAUGCCCUUCGAUCUGACGGUCUACGUCACAAACCCUGAUGAGUCUCCGGCUCCACGUGUCGCCGUCAAGGCUGAUGGCUUCCAGGGUCUCGUCUCCACCCAGCGUGAUGGUACAGCCAAGCUGGUCCUCAACAUGCCAGCCAACAGGGACACCGUCCCCAUCACCGUGCGGACGAGCCAAGCGGGGCUGCCUCCAGAGCGCCAGGCCUCUCGGCAGAUGACUGCCGAAGCUUACCGCAGCCAAGGAGGUUCUGGCAACCUCCUCCACCUGGCCGUGGGGGCCACCGAGCUGCAGCCUGGUGACAACCUGGCCGUGAACUUCCACCUCAAGAGCAACAACAUUGCCACCCGUGACUCUGUCCGGUACUUCACCUACUUGAUCAUGAGCAAGGGACGCAUUGUCCAAGUGGGGCGACAGCGGCACGAGGCCGGCCAGAACCUGGUCACUAUGUCAUUGCCAGUGACACCUCAGCUCAUCCCUUCCUUCCGCAUCGUGGCCUACUACCACGUGAUGCCCAACGAGAUCGUUGCUGACUCCAUCUGGGUUGACGUCAAAGACACUUGCAUGGGGACCCUGGUGGUGAAGGGAGCAACGGAGGCGGACAACCGAGUGCACGAACCGGGGACACCCAUGCGGCUGCGCAUCGAGGGGGACCACAACGCCUACGUGGGGCUGGUGGCUGUGGACAAGGGUGUCUUCGUCCUCAGCAAGAAGAACAAGAUCACCCAAUCCAAGAUUUGGGACACAGUGGAGAAGGGUGACAUCGGCUGCACCCCAGGCAGCGGGAGGGACAACGUGGGUGUCUUUGCUGAUGCUGGCCUCAGCCUGGUCUCCAACGUCCAGAUCUCCACGCCGCAGCGAUCCGAGGUCCCGUGUCCCCAGCCCGCGAGACGCAAGCGCCGCUCCCUGCUCCUCGCCCAGGACAAAAGCUCCAAGGCGGCCAACUACACGGACAAGGCGCUGCGUAAGUGUUGUGAGGACGGCAUGAAGGACAACCCCAUGGAGCACAGCUGUGAGCAGAGGACCAACUACAUCCAGGAUGGAGAAGCCUGCAUCCGGGCCUUCCUCGACUGCUGCAUCUACAUCAAGGGCAUCCGUGACAAGAAGAAGCGCGAGUUCCAUCUCGAAUUGGCUCGAAGGGCUGGGCCCCUGAGGCCUCGGGCACGAUGGACGGUGCCACCCCCAGGUGAGGUGGACGAUGGCUUCCUGGCUGACGAGGACAUCACCUCACGGAGCCUCUUCCCGGAGAGCUGGCUGUGGCAGGUGGAGCACUUGGUGGAGAAGCCCAACGAGCUGGGCAUCUCCAUGAAGACCCUGCCCGUCUACCUGAAGGACUCCAUCACCACGUGGGAGGUCCUGGCUGUCAGCCUCUCACAGACCAAGGGGCUGUGUGUGGCCGACCCCUACGAGAUCACGGUGAUGAAGGAGUUCUUCAUCGACCUGCGCCUGCCCUACUCUGUGGUGAGGAACGAGCAGGUGGAGAUCCGCGCCAUCCUCUACAACUACUGGACGCACGAAAUCACGGUGCGGGUGGAGCUGAUGUACAACCCAGCCCUGUGCAGCGCCUCCACCUCCAAGGCGCGCUACCAGCAGGUCCUCAAGCUGAAGCCGCAGUCGUCGUGGGCCGUGCCCUUCGUCGUCGUGCCGCUGCACCUGGGGCUGCACGAGGUCGAGGUGAAGGCAGCCGUACGGGGCAGCUUCGUGGCUGACGGGGUCAAGAAGAAGCUCAAAGUUGUGCCCGAAGGGAUGAGGUUGGAGAAGACGGUGAAGAUAGUUGAGUUGGACCCGAAGACGAAGGGAGUCAAUGGUGUGCAGGAAGAGAAGGUGAGGGCAGCAAACCUCUCUGACAUUGUCCCCAACACCGAGUCGGAGACCAAAGUCAGCAUCCAAGGCAACCCUGUGUCCCUCAUGGUGGAGAAAGCCAUUGAUGGGGCCAAGCUGAAGCACCUCAUCGUGACACCAGCGGGCUGUGGGGAGCAGAACAUGAUUGGGAUGACGCCCACUGUCAUUGCCACCCACUACCUGGACGACACGUUGCAGUGGGAAAGCUUUGGUGUUGACCGGCGUGCUCAGAGCAUCGAAUUGAUCGCAAAGGGUUAUGCGCAACAACUUGCUUUCCGGAAACCUGACAGCUCCUUUGCUGCCUUCAAGACCCGUCCAUCGAGCACCUGGUUGACAGCCUACGUGGUCAAAGUCUUUGCCAUGGCCAAAAAGCUGGUGCACAUCGACCACGAGGUGGUUUGUGGUGCUGUGAAGUGGCUCAUCCUGGAGAAGCAGAAGCCAGAUGGGAUCUUCCAAGAAGAUGCUCCUGUCAUCCAUAAGGAGAUGGUGGGAGGCUACCAGGGUGCUGAGCCCGAGGUGUCGCUGACGGCCUUUGUCCUCGUGGCGCUGCAGGAGGCCCGAGGGAUCUGCAAGGACCACGUCAACAGCUUGGAAGGAAGCAUCAAUAAAGCUGCCGAGUACCUUGCCCGGAGGUAUCAGUCACUCGCCCGACCCUACACGGUGGCCUUGACCUCCUAUGCCUUGGCCUUGACCGGGAAACUCAAAAGCGAGAAGGUUCUCAUGAAGUUUUCCAAAGAUGGCAAAAGCUGGGAGGAACGCAACGCUCAUACCUACAACAUCGAGGGGACGUCCUACGCGUUGCUGGCCUUGCUGCAAAUGGAGAAGGCGGAGCUGACGGGGCCGGUGGCCCGGUGGCUUGCUCAGCAGAACUACUUCGGUGGUGGCUACGGAUCCACUCAGGCCACCAUCCUGGUAUUCCAAGCGUUGGCCCAGUACCAGGUGGCGACUCCGCGGCAGCUGGAGCUCAGCCUCGACGUGUCGGUGCUGCUGCCGCGCCGCGCCAGUGCCGUCACCUACCGCAUCGAGAACCGCAACGCCCUGGUGGCGCGCUCUGCCGAGACCAAGUUCAACGAGGACUUCACGGUGAAAGCUGAGGGCACGGGCAAGGGGACGAUGACAGUGGUGACCGUCUACAACGCUAAGGUCCCAGAGAAGGAAAACAAGUGUGACAACUUUGACCUGCGGGUGCAGGUGGAGGACGUGAAGACGGGCAAGGAGCUGGAAGGUGUCAUCCGCUCCGUCAAGAUCACCAUCUGCACCAGGUACCUGGACAACAUCGAUGCCACCAUGUCCAUCCUCGAUGUCUCCAUGCUCACGGGCUUCUCCCCUGACCUCCAGGACCUGAAGAGGCUCACAGAUGGGGUGGACAAAUACAUCUCCAAGUUUGAGAUCGACCUCCCGCAGUCGGAGCGCAGCAACCUCGUCAUCUACCUCGACAAGAUCUCACACAAGGCCGAGGAGUGCUUUGCCUUCAAGGCCCACCAGAGGUUCCGGGUGGGUUUGAUCCAACCCGCGGCCGUCAGCGUCUACAGCUACUACAAGAUCGAUGACCGCUGCACCCGUUUCUACCAUCCGGACAAGGAGGGUGGGAAACUGUCCAAGAUCUGCCAGGGGGACGUGUGCCGCUGUGCCGAAGAAAACUGCUUCAUGCGAAGCCAGGAGGACGUACCACUGACCGUCAACCAACGCAUUGAGCGCGCCUGCGAGCCGGGAGUUGACUACGUGUACAAGGUGAAGCUGGUGGCCACAGAGCAGACGCCAUCUCAUGACAACUACAUCAUGACCAUCCUCUCCGUCAUCAAGAUGGGCACCGAUGAGGACCCAGCAGGAAGCAACCGGACCUUCGUGAGCCACCGGCAGUGCCAAGAUGCUUUGAGGCUCCAGGUCGGCCAGGACUACCUGCUCUGGGGCCUGGGCACCGACCUGUGGGCCACCGGCCGACGGUUCUCCUACCUCAUCGGCAAGAACACGUGGCUGGAGGCGUGGCCCUCGGAGGAGGACUGCCAAGAACCUGAGCUGCAGCCCCUCUGCCAGGACUUCAUUGAGUUCGCCGAGGCCAUGACCAUGUUCGGGUGUCCAUCCUGAGCGGGUGUCCCCCACCCAUGACGUCCUCCACUCUCGCUACUCCUCGUUGCUCCCUCUUUUUGUUUGAGUUAAAAAGUCCUUUCUGAG